AUGAAAGAUAGCUUAAAGGAAGUCAUAUCUGAAAAUCAAAGUGCAUUCAUUCGGGACUGCCUCAUUCAAGAUAAUGCAAUAUUGGGAUUUGAAAGUCUUCAUUGUAUGAAGAAAAGAAGGUUCGGCAAUGGGAAAAAGAUAGCUCUCAAGUUAGACAUGUCCAAAGCAUAUGACAGAGUGAGUUGGAGUUUCCUUGAAGCAAUGAUGAUUUGUUUGGGCUAUGACAAACGGUGGGUGGACAAGGUCAUGAACUGCAUCACUUCACUUUCAUUUUCAGUACUCAUCAAUGGAGAAAUUAGUGGUCAAAUUUAG